ACCAUCAAUCCUCAUUCUUCUUCUUCUUCUUCUUGGACGUACGUCCAAUGGCUGCCUCAUUGCAUUGCCAUCUCGUGCUCCUCUUGUUGGGCUUCUCGGCCUUUGCUCUUCCUGCCUUCGCCGGACGUGGAACUCCGGCGAGCUCCGACAAGAAGGAGCCUGACUGCUACGGCGUCCAGGAGGGCACCGUGCUCAUUCCCGGCAUCGGAAGGUACGAACUCGGAAGCCGUGAGUUGCCGGCGGUCGGCGGCUUGGACAGCAGCGGUCCGGCCGCGAGGAACGCCCAGUUUCUUCCCGGGAUCGACGACACUUUUGUGCCCAAUCCCGGGUUGGAAAUUCCGAACCCGUUCCGGCCGGCGACUCCUUGAUCGACCACUGCUUCUCAGUGCGGUGGGAUUCGAGAUGUCCUUUUGUUUGCACUAUGAAAUUCUCGUAAUUGUCGUCGUCGCGUGGAACCUUUGCAAAUUAUCUCAGUUUUUUAAAAUAAAAAUGUGAUGGUAGUACUGUUUCACCGAGGAAUUUAUCUUAUAAAUUUCCUUGUUUGCUCCGUAAA